AUGGCCUUCGGGACGACGUGCUUUAUGACGGUCAUCGGCAGAGCUAUACUGAUAGCCUUUCAGUUUGGGCUGUUUGAAUUUCCAGGACCACCAAUCAACCGUUAUUUUGUCAUUUUUGCAACCUAUUUACGAGGCAUCACAAUCGUCUGGAACGUUUUCCUCAUUGCCGGCGUACUAAUGGAAAGGCUGGCCGCGACAUUAUGGGUCGAAGACUACGAACAAAUCAAAUUCAGCGAAGUGUCGUCCAUCAUUAUUUUUCUACACGCAGCCAGCGCCGUGGUGCUACUCACUAUAGCCCUGGAAUUCGUUUACAAUUGGUACUUCUUCAUCGUGUUCUUUGUGAUGGGCGGAUCCGGAAUAUUGAUCAUUGGGUCUUUGGUGGUCGAAGAAAAUGUUAAUGCCUUGGAGCUAGUAAAAUCGCUAACAAUCGGGUACGCCGUUGCCACGUCAAUUUUGGGAGGUUGUCUCGGCGUCCUUUUCAUCCUCGAGACGCCCAACACGAAUUUCUGCCAGCUCAUGCUCGCGUUGUUCGACGUCGGAGUGGCCUUAUCCGGCAUAAUGUACUAUUUUAUCCUGCUCUACCGGGUCAAGCCGUGGUGGAAUGGCUUCAUGGCGAAUCUACGCAAAAUUUUCGGCUCGAACUGGGUGCCAGAGCUGACGAGAAGCUCCCAGAUCGAACCGGUUGAUACCGCAGCGGAAAGCGCGCACUAUUUUAGUUACUAUAAUAAUGCUUGGAAC